CACGUUCAUUUCCUGAGAAGAGGAUAUGACGUACUCUGUCGGAGAAGCGCUAGUUCGCUCGAUGGCUUGCCGAAUUGGACCAUCACGCGGCUGGAGAUCAGUCGGGACGAACAGGUGGCGUAUGGGAAUUAUAGUACCGUCUGGCGAGGGACGUGGCAAGGUCAGAUCGUUGCAAUCAAGGAGCUUAACGCGUUGACCGACAAAGACCUUUUCUUGAGGGAGGUCGAGAUUUGGAAACCGUUGAGACAUGAGAACAUCCUGGAGCUUUGGGGAGCGAGCUAUAGCCGUCCGUUCUUUCUGGUGUCUCCCUAUAUGCUGAACGCCAACCUGCUCAGCUUCUUGCGCUCGGAAGUUGGUGCUGACGCGCACAAGAUCCGAUUGAUGCUGGGUAUCGCGGACGGCAUGAGUUAUCUACAUAGCCGUGAUGUUUGCCACGGAGACCUCAAAGCGAAGAACGUGUUGAUAUCCAACAACCAUGUACCGAUGAUAUGCGAUUUCGGUCUUUCUGAGCUCAAGAUGGACAUCGAGCGCAAGUCGACUGUAAAGCCCACGGGUGGGACCUUGCGGUGGACGGCCCCAGAGGUUCUUCUCGGGCAACGAAUCUCGUUCGCUUCGGACGUCUUCGCUUUUGCCAUCACGAUCUGCGAGAUGCUUGCCCCGAACGAUAUCCCGUACGGUUACGUCAACUCGCAGACCGUUCGCGCGAUGGUUCUCAACGGCGAGAGGUGUCAAAUCCCGGCCACCGCUCCCCAGAUCAAGGCGUUGGUGAUGAAGUGCUGGGAGCAUAAGCCGGCGGAUCGACCGUCCUUCGAAAAUCUAAGCCCGACAAUCGAAGAGCUCUUGCCAAAUGGCGACCGACGCCACACCGUAUCGACGGUUGAAGGACGAGACUCGGACAUUACGUCACUAGAGAGUCGAGACACUCAAGACACUCGUACAAGCUACCAGACCGCUGGAGAGGAAAGCGACCUGGAAGAUGAUGAGGAUGACCAAGCUGGACCCGAGGAGCAGUACUUGAUAUCGCCUCAAAAUAUCUCUCUUCCGCUGGAGGAUGACGAAGAAUCCCUCUUGAGCGAGAGCAGCAGUCCGUCUGAACCUUCUGUCGAGGAUAUCGAUGCAAUCGAGAAUGACAAGCUUGAAAAGCUGGCUCGCAGCUACCGUCACCACCUCACUCACGCUUUCGAUGACCGCUUCCGCGAGCCAUUAUGGCAGCCUACCGCUUGCGAGAUUGGCGACAUUGGAUACUUGACAUCAUCAGGAGCAUUUCACACGCUUUUCAACGCGAAGCAAGGGCCGCCAGCGAACAUCUGUCUGCCCCUUCCCAUUCCUACCUUACAAGACCCACCCACUGGAUCUGGUCUGACCGAGAAGACCGUCUCCAUGCGCAAUGCCGCUCUCAGAGCCAUCGACAGCGUGACGUCGCUUACCAACAGUGUCAUCCGAUUCGUCUCUCGCCAGAACGGCCAGGUCGAGGCCGAAAGAGACAUCGAGUGGACUUAUAGCGUCCCGCUGUCCGCCUUGGCUCAGCCGAAACGAGCCGGUCUAGUCAUUUACGAGGGCAAAUAUGUCUUCUUGAACGAUAGAGAGCCGGCGAGGGAGUAUCUCAAAGUCAAUGCCGAAGCCAUCCCGGCGGCCUAUGGUGAUCAGCAUCGUAUCAAGAAGGAGGACAUCAUCAUCAUCGUUGGAGGGUUAUUCUCCACCGAAUGGGCGCUGAUGAUGGCCAGUCGAGACUAUGGCAGCACGAUCAACUUCAACGUGCACAAACAGCGUCCUAACGGCGAACCCUGGGGAACCUGGUCGAUCGUCCAAGACAGCAGGAAACGUCUCGAAACCAACGAUGAGGCCAACGCGCCACAAACGCGGUUUGUCACCAAGGUUUCCAAGUCGAGCGACACUCCCCAAGCGGUCUUGUUGGCGAGACUGAAGUUUCCGACAUCCGGUAUCAACCGAGACGUGCCCACCCUGCACUGAUAUGAACGGCACAAACGCCGCUGUUUCGAUAUACCCCGCUCGUAAAGGAACCUAUGCCACUGCUCUAUACAUAUAUGAUUAGGAUUGAACGCAUCUACGAACCCUCAGCCUAUUCUCAUUCUACGGGAUUCUCAACCUCCGU